CUCAACUCAUCCCAUCCACAUGCAGCAAAAUGCCUUGUCAAAUUUGACUCAUGCCUGAAGAUGCCUUGAUGACAUCCAGCAAGUUGAGCGUUCCUGACAGCGUGUGUUGCACUUAGCUGCAACUGGAGAAGCGUUUUUCAGUGAUAGAUAAGGAACUUUGAGUUCCCUUGCCGGUGCCCAAGCACGUCGACUUGACCGUUUGACAGCGCCUGGAAGUGCCUGCAUUAUUGGAUCAGUGCAUAAUUUCACUGGCUGGGCUCUAACGACGUCCUGGAGUUGCACAAGUUCGAGUUGUGAGCUCCACCCUAUACUUCCUUCCUAAAAGGCUAUUCGUGUCGGUCUUGUCCUGCUGGUCAUGCCGCCGGUUGGGAUGGAAGAGAGCCUAUCACCUCCGCCUUCGCCGCCGAAGAAGGACUUGAGAGUGAUCGAAGUGUACAAGCCCGGUUCGUUUGAUCCGGCCUCACAUUUCUAUCCGCGAGUGCUGAAUGCACAGAUUCACCCUCUUGUGAGGUCCUUCCUUGGGCUUGGAAACGAGAGGAUCGCGAAGAGAUAUGUUCACCUUCAUCCUGCAGCAAAACCAGAGGCGGUUCAAGCGGCACUUUCGUAUGCGUGCAAGUAUUUUCAGUGGGGUGGAGCUGACUUGUUCUCCGUGACAACUGAGAAGGGUCAGAAGCGCUUCGUUGUCAUUGAGACGAACUCAUGUCCUUCUGGACAGAAGUCCAUGCCUAUGGAGAAUGAAGACCUUGAGCACGCCGGCUACAAGACUCUGCUAGAAAAGGCGUUUCUUCCGGUGCUGAAUUCUGGCAAGUGGAAUGGAGAGAAGAUUCCGGAGGGAAUUCUGGCGGUUCUGUAUGACAAGAAUCCGAUGGAAGCGUCAGGAUAUGCAGCAGCGUUGGCAGAUCUCACAGGUGAACAGGUGUACCUCACUCCCUGCUAUGCUGAUGAACCACAGCCAAAUUGGAGGUGGCGUCCGGAUGGAGUUUUGGAGAUCAACGUCGCUGGAGCUAUCCAGAAGGCUCAGAAGGAGGAAGUGCCGAUUGUCAUGACAGGAGCGAGGGUGUCACGUACGAGUUCGUCCUCCAGCGAAGGCAAGCAAGAAUCCUUUCCAUCAAAAUCCGAAGUUCCAGAGCCACAGUGGCGACAGGUCAGAGCUGCGAUCAGAUACGUGACACAGCGGCCAUGGACAAGGAUACCUCCCCUGACGCGGACGAUGAUUUUCAAUCCUGUCCUCGCGUGUUUAGCUGGCGGACGUAACAAGGCAGUGGGAGCGAAAGCGUACGAUCUUCACAAUGCGGCGCUGGCGUCAACUGGACUGUCUAUCCUUACUCCUGAGACCAUUUGGGAUGUCGCCAAGCCAGAGAUUCCCCUAUGGGUCGGCAGAAUGGGUGGCUUGGCUGUUGUGAAGGUUCCGUAUGCCAACGCAGGUCAAGGCGUGUGGACAAUCACUAACGACGAAGAGCUGAAGGAGUUCAUGGCCAUCGAGCAGCGCUAUGACCGCUUCAUUGUUCAGGCCUUGAUCGGGAACAAUGGCUGGAGUUCUCAGAGUGUGAGUGGCAGGCUGUACCACGUGGGGACCAUUCCGACAAGCAAGGGCAACAUCUACGCCUCUGACCUGAGGAUGAUGGUGGGGUCUGGAGCAGGUGGCUUCUUUCCAGUGGCAAUCUAUGCACGGAGAGCCAAGCUUCCACUUGCCGAGCAGCUUGAGAGUGGGAUCCACUCAUGGGACAUGCUUGGAACAAAUCUCUCUUACAAGAAUCCAGAUGGGAGUUGGGGUACGGAGACAGACAGGUUGCUGCUGAUGGACAGCCGAGACUUCAACAGGCUUGGUGUUGGAGUGGAUGACUUGAUCGAGGCCUACAUGCAGACCAUCCUGGCUGUGACUGCUAUUGACCGGCUUUGUGGAAAGCUAAUCACACCCAAGGGAAAUUUCGGGUUGAAGCUUUUUGGAUCCUUGAACCCUGACACCAAGCUUCUGGACGAGCUGUACACGCUCCCACUGCAUUCUCUUCCUGUGGAAGGUAUCAGCGAGACUUCUUGCCUGGUAAAACGGGCUGCAGAUCAUGCAACAGAACAAGAAGAUGCUCUGGCACAAGAGCUUCAACUGGAGGUUACAGUUGCAGCACCUCGGGGCAAAAGAGGGAGGAUUUGAAGCCCCCACUAUCUUCCGGGUCAUAACACAUGGUGCACUAGCAUAUUACGAUAUCACACAAUUUUGGCCUCUCCCAUUCGUAGUGUUUGUCAUCAGCCCCAUCAGGAUGGCCUGCUGCAUGCAUCUUAAUCUCCACAUUUUGUUAGCAUAUGAUACGAUGUAUAAACCUCCAUUGUCUGUGCUUAUGUUGGAAAGGCAUUUUACCAACCAAU